GUUCAAAAUGACGUCUUGUAUGAAACGUGGUCGAUUGUCAGUCCUUUUCUUUUUGAUUCAGCCAUACGAGCAGAACUAUGGUUUUGAUUACGAAAGUAGUGAAAUCCGGCGGCGCCGAUCCCGAUGCCUUUGAGCAAUCCAUCGGUCAAGCCUUGUUGGAACUCGAAAUGAACUCCGACUUGAAGCCCCAAUUGCGCGACUUGCACAUUACGCGUGCCCGCGAAGUCGAAUUUGGCAGCAAGAAGGCAAUCGUCAUCUACGUGCCCGUACCAAAACAAAAGGCUUUCCAGAAGAUCCAGACACGCUUGGUGCGCGAAUUGGAAAAGAAAUUCUCCGGCAAGCACGUCGUUUUCGUUGGCGAACGCAAAAUUUUGCCGAAACCACGUCGCGGACGUCCCGAUCCCAACAAACAAAAGCGCCCACGCUCACGCACCUUGACGGCAGUCUACGAUGCCAUCUUGGAGGACUUGGUAUUCCCCGCAGAAAUUGUCGGAAAACGUAUCCGCGUGAAGCUCGAUGGUUCGCAAUUGAUUAAAGUACACUUGGACAAAAAUCAACAAACCACGAUUGAACACAAGGUCGACACCUUCACCUCAGUCUACAAGAAAUUGACAGGACGUGACGUCACCUUCGAGUUCCCUGAACCAUAUUUGUAAAUGAUUCG